GAUUUGUUUUUUUAAAGUAUUUAUCUUAAGCUUUAUUGUAACCAUGAAUUUACAGAAAUUUUCCAACGAUUUUCCAUCUUUAGUUUAUUUAGUAAGAAAUAAUUCAUAUCCAGUACAUUCAAAUUAUACCACAUUUAUGUCAAGAUUAAAAACAUAUAACUCAUAUCCAUCUACUUCAUGUCAAAAUAAAUAUUCGUUAGCUGAAUCUGGUUUAAAAUAUACCGGUGUAGGUGAUAUAGUUGAAUGUUUUUUCUGUGAACUUGUCUUACAAAAAUGGUCAAACGAUGAUAUACCAUGGGUCGAACACGCAAAAUGGAAUCCUAAAUGUAUAUUUGUAUUACUAUGUAAAGGAAAUGAAUUUAUAGAAAAUGUAAAAAACGAAUAUGUAAAAGCUAGCCAUGUUUGUGAUUGUAAGUCUAAAUCAAAUGAUAUUACUUGUUAGUUUACUUUGAUGUUUCUUAUUACUUUUAUAAUUUAUUUGUAUUUCAAAAUAAAUAUUGAAUUAAUCAACUUAAAUGUGUUAAUAUUUGAUUUUAU